CAGAAGCAUCAAUUCUUUGGCACUAAGCCUUCUUUAUGGUCCAGCUCUCACAUCUGUACGUGACUACUGGAAAGAGUGUUUAUUAGCCUCACCAAUGUGUCCGCAGUCAAGAAUAAAGAGACAGUCCAAAUACAUACAGAGCUGAAGACACAAACCUAUGACCCAAUCCUGGCCUCCAGAAACACCUCCUGCAUCUUUGUCUGCUGUGUGUUCUGGUUUUUUCCAGCCAAGAUCCAUGAAGAGAUUGACCAGGUGAUUGGACCACACCGGAUCCCAAGUGUCGAUGACCGGGCCAAGAUGCCCUACACAGAUGCCGUGAUCCACGAGAUCCAGAGACUUACAGAUAUCGUGCCCAUGGGCGUCCCCCAUAAUGUCAUCCGGGACACUCAUUUCCGAGGCUACCUUCUGCCCAAGGGUACCGACGUCUUUCCUCUUCUUGGCUCUGUCCUCAAAGACCCCAAAUACUUCCGCUACCCAGAUGCCUUCUAUCCACAACACUUCCUGGACGAGCAAGGCCACUUCAAGAAGAAUGAAGCCUUUGUGCCUUUUUCCUCUGGAAAACGCAUCUGCCUGGGCGAGGCCAUGGCCCGCAUGGAACUCUUCCUCUACUUCACCUCCAUCCUUCAAAACUUCUCCCUCCGCUCUCUGGUACCACCUGCUGACAUCGACAUCACGCCCAAGGUCUCAGGCUUUGGCAACAUCCCUCCGACCUACGAGCUCUGCUUCAUGGUUCGCUGAGCGCCCCCUAUUGGACGUGGAAGGAACCGUCGGAGAACAGAGCUCUGCCCAAGUGUCCAGGCGCACCCGACCUCUUCAUCCCCCUUCAAUUCUCACAACGAUCCUAAGAGAAGGCACUAUUACACUGUCACGGGACACUG